AGUGAAGCCCCUCACUAGAAGCUGAAAUAAGCUGAACUUGCUAUGGUUUUACGGUAUCUCCUAAGCCGGAUCCUCAACAACCCCCAAGUUAUUGAGAAACUUUCUGAGUCCUAUCCCAUCCGCCGUGCAGCCCAAAUCACUGCUUAUGCCCUGCAACGUGGAAAGGUAGCAGCGUCGGAAGCACUUGACUCGGAAGCAAGCAAGCGUCUGCAGCAGUUUCGCCAGGAUUUCACACAGGAGAUAAAAGAAGGCUUCAAGAAAAUUGAGGAGGAAAACAAAACCAAGAAGUAAAGGAGUCUUGUGAAAGGUACUCUCCUUCCUCUCCUUGAGGUUUUCUUUGCAAGCGUAAGUAUCAAACUAAACUGUCCCAUAACAUCAGCAUGCCUGAGGGAGCUGCAAACACUGUACAGACCGAUGCUGAAAAGUCGACUGAGGAGAAGAAGCCCAAGUGCAAGGCUUGUUGUGCAUGUCCAGAAACCAAGAGGGAACGGGACGCCUGCAUCAUAGAGAAUGGCGAGGAGAAUUGCACAGAACUCAUAGAGGCUCAUAAAAAGUGCAUGAGAGAGAUGGGAUUCAACAUUUAAGAGUGAGCCUAUAAUGUGUAUUGUUAGUCGAUUCAGGUAUCCUUUGUGCAAGGUGUGAAGAAGUAUUGUUUUUUAAAUUUUGUAGGCCUGAAACAAAAAUCCUAGAAAUCAACGUGAGUCUUGGGUAUGAUUGGUAACAAUGACAACAACAUCGCAGAAGCACACACUCUUUGUGGCAGAGCCGAUGGGGGACAAACCUGUGACUGAACUGGCAGGCAUUGGUGAAGUCCUGGGCAAACGGCUGGAAAACAGGGGAUUUGACAAGGCUUAUGUUGUCCUUGGGCAGUUCCUUGUACUGAAGAAGAACCGGGAAUUAUUCUUAGAGUGGCUGCAGGAUUUGGUAGCUGCCAAUUCCAACCAAGCAUCUGAAUGUUAUCAGUGCUUGGCUGACUGGUGCAGUGAGUUCUUGUGACAAGUCCAAGGUUGUAGUGAGUGCUUUGGGAUAUUCCACUUCCUGUUACCAUUGUCUUUUUACUUGGUGAGCAGUAGUGAUUUGUCUUCAAAGAUUAUUGUUGCUGAUAACUAGCGCAACAUAAUCACAAGGUAGUUCAGCCAUUGUACUUACUUUAUCCUGCAACAGGGACAGUUUAGAGUCAGCCAUGUCGCACAAAGGCCACUCAAUUGUCACAAUAGAGUCCCUGGACUCAGGCUUUGAGCCACGCACAUAUAGGCAGACAUCCCCAUUAGAUUAUUUCACUGACACAUUGUUGCUUAUGAGACCAUACUUCAGGGUGGCCAAUCGUAGACUGCCGCAUAGAGUCCUGUCAUCCAUGGCACCCCCUCUGUUUUUCCCAGAGUUCAGACGUGUCUACUCUGACUUGAAAGGCCCACUGUUGAUCAUGGUGUCCCUGGCCACCAUCCUUCUUUAUGGCCUCUACAGCCCUGAGCGGACACUAAUGUGGGACAUAGCAGCAACAGCAAAGCUAACUGUGGGAUAUUGGCUGGGUCUGUCUGUGUUGGCCUUCCUCCUGGGAUACUUUUGCCAGACAAACCUCACGCUGCCACAGUUCCUCUCCAUCACGGGUUACAGCCUCACUGGUCACUGCUUUGUGCUGCUCAUUGCUGAGGUGCUGCACCAGGAGGAGAACCAUGGAGUUUUCUUCUUUCUUACAACAGUUUUUGGGGGGCUUGCCACAGGGAGGCUCGUCAUUAUCAUCCUGGCUAGAACGCCUGGGCCCGCACAGCGCCUUGUGAUGUGCUCUGUGCUGGCCUGUGUCAAUCUCAUGCAUCUUAUCUACAUCCACUUUGCUUGCAUGAGGAAUAAGUUUCAAGUUUAAACAUACAUACAAUUUGAUAAAAAAAAAAAAAAAAAAAUCUCACAAAUGGUUAUGAGCAUUCUGAUUUAUCUCACUGUAGAGGAAUCUGGUGUUACAUAGCUGACAGAUUGUUGACAGAUUUUAAAGGAACUCAGUUUCUUGAUUUUAAUUAAUGCAAGAGAAACCUGUGUUGAUCUAGUUUCUUGAUUUUAAUUAAUGCAAGAGAAACCUGUGUUGAUCUUGUUAUUUGUAUAAAGGACGACUGAACAUUAAACAAGCACUUUGAGGUAGUUCUGUCAGGAAAUGACUUUGUAAAUAUACGAAAAGUAAUAAAAAGAAACAAUUCUU